AUGAAUAAGCCCGAGAAGUUCUACACUAAGGACUAUAUGUCACGGCCUGGCAUGUCCUUUGCAAUUGACAUUGAAGACCCAGUCGAGAGAAUCCAGGAAUUCAUGGAGCAGUACAAGAGAGAGUCAGUCGCGCAGGGCUUUGAAGAGUCUCUCAUGACCAAAGAUCUUGCCGUCGUCGGCGCCACCGGGCCACCACAUGUCACGGCUGUCUUCGAGAUGGAAAUGACGCCCAAGUACGGAAGUCGAAUGGGCAAUGCUCAAGGAGCCGCCAUUUCGCUCAUCCACGACAUGUGCACGACAAUGGCCAUGGCGCCUCUGGCGAGGGAGGACUUCUGGCACUUUGGCGGAGUGUCCAGGGUGCUGAGCGUUACGUAUCUGCGACCCACCAAGACCGGCACGCGCGUGGUUGUCGAAUGCGAAGUUCUGCAGGUAGGCAAGAGAUUCGCUACGAUACGAGGGACGAUGAAAGACAAAGCCACCGGUGACUUGCUCUCUGUCUGCGAGCACAACAAAGCCAGUAUCAUCUUCCGGGAAAAGUCCACCCUUUGA